CACACCCAUCCGUGUGUGUGUGUGUGUGUGUGUGUGUGUGUGUGUGUGUGUGUGUGUGUGUGUGUGUGCGUGUGUGUGCGUGGUGCAGCACACUUCUUCUCUUUCUCGACGUUCUUGGCGGAUGAGGAGCUGCCUGCAGAUUCUCAGAAGUGGUUGACGUCAGCAUGAACGUGUACACGACCCCCGGCCCAGGAGUUCCGAUGUCGGCGGGAACUCAUCCUCCUCUUCCAGAGGCUGUGACCUUCGUACUGACAAAGGAAAUCACCACAGACGAUGGAGCUUUUGCAGCCUUCAUUGGAGGGAUCGUCGGUGCGUUGCUGCUGGCACUGAUCUGUGUAAUCGCUGCGUUGCUGUGGUGUCUGUCCAGACAUAAAGGCUCGUACGUCACCAACGAGUUGGACGACGAUGACGAUGGCGCCGACGCCGACGCCGGAGGCUACGAUAUCGACGACGACGAUGAGCAAUUCCGCUCGGACAUUGUUCUCCAGAUCAAGGAACCUCUGAAGCGCAAAGACAGCGAGUGAUGUCAAAUAGAGAAGGCAGGACAAACGCUUGGCAUGUGCAGUCAGGGACACAGGAGCUUUGGAGCUUCGUUAGAGUGACGAGGAGUGAAUAAGGGAAAUAUUUCAGGCCUGUUAUUUUUGAUGUGACCCUAAGUGCUGCACUAACCAGAUUUGCACUUUGGCGCUACCAAGUGGCAGCAAGAGGAAACCAACUGGACCAGUAGUGUGAUUUGUCUAUGGAAUUAUACUUUAGUCAAUCAUUCAAAUGGAUGAAAUCCAGCUACACGUUUAUGAAUUUGCAACAUGAGCCUUAUGCCAAAUUUAGAUCAAUUUUCUUCCUAUCAAAUCUCCUUAGUUAUUUAUCUGCGGAAAUAUUUAAUUAGAAUCAUACACCAGUAACCCAAAGACCCCCAAAAAAGAGCUGCUUUACCAAAAAGGUCAGUUUAUCCCGCCCUGUAAAAUGUUUAAGCAUGAACUUAAACUUUCGGUGUUGUGGAUCUUUAACCAGCUUCUUGGUUUUUCUUUUGCCGUCUUUACGAAAAAACAUCGAGCACUUCGAGCGCUCCAUUCCUUCCUGCUACCGUUUUCACGAAUGGCAGAGGAGUGUGUGCACAAACCCAAAUCUGUCUCUGUGAAACAACAUCCUCCAGAGCCAAACAAAUUAAAUUCACCACCACCUCUUUAGGUUCCCAGAAAGGAAACGUGAUCGGCUUUAACAAAUAAAAGCUUAUAAGUGGUUGCAUGGAGCCACCAUGUUUGCCAUAUAGAAAAGAUUCCCCUUCUGUGAUGUACUUGUAAAAAUAACACUUUUUACACUUAUUCCCCAGAAAACUGACACUUUUUUUCAUGUAAAUAUACUUUAUUUAUCUCAAAUAGCAUCAAAAACAUUAAGGCAAAUGUCUACUUUUGCAGAAUAACAACCUAAAAAUUAACUUAAGUGGCAUCUGACCUUUAAUAAGCAGAGAAAUCUUAAGGAAAAUCAUUUGCGUUUAGUGAGUCACAUGUUCAAAUUCCUCCACCUGCCAAACACAGAUGCUGCUGGUUUCUCUGAGACUUUUACAGCUCCUACGACUCCUCCAACAGACAAAUGUCAUUUUUUUACGGCAAAAUAACCGUCCUUUAUUUUACGAGAGAGGCUGCGGGGCCAAACUGACCGACUUACCAGAAGCAGAUAAACGUUUACCGGCAUCUUAACUCUCAACUGCUGGUGAUUUUUUCCCAUCCGGCACGGUCGUCAUCAGAUUUUAAGCUCUUUAACUAACUGCAGACGUGCGUCAGACUAACGUACCACACUGUUAUGAAUCAGUUGUGAGGAAUAAUCAAUAAUACCAAACGUGUAAACAUUUAGACAGAGAGAGUUCAACCCAUUCUGGGAAGUUUUCUCUCUGGUUUUUCUUUUUUGUACUAACAUAUUUUCACUUUUUUUAAAUUUUAAUUUGGAAGUAGAAAGGGUUUUUCAAAUCUUUGUUUACACAUAUUCCUUCUGAAAUCUCCUCUUGAGGAGUUUUACUUACACUUUUAUAAGAAUAAAGUUUACACUUUUUUUUGAUA